UGACAAGCCAUGGAAAAGACUUCCCUCUCAUCCAGCAGAUGGUGAAGACGAAGUGUGUGUCUCAGUGUGUUGAGUUCUACUAUCUUUCCAAGAGACUUCCUGACAAACAGAGAAAACAGAGGGAGCAGGAACAGAUGAGUGGGGUGUCCCUCCCUAAACCGAUGGAAGUAGUGGUUCCAGCCCCGUCAUUGGCUACCAGCUUCCCCUGUAAGCAGUGUGGAAAGAUGUUCUACAAGAUAAAGAGUCGUAACGCCCAUAUGAAGAUCCAUCGGCAGCAGCAGGACGACUGGAGACACCCAGGCCUCGGCCUCAACCCAGCCCAGAACCUCACCUCCAACCUGGGCACCAAUCUACCCCAUUGCCAGGCUUCAGGUCGGGCCUAUCUCCCAGGCCCCAUCAACAACAACAGCAUUCACCAUAUUGGUGGUGCUCACACCAUCAUCAGCGACAUCAGCGUUCCGAACACCAAUACCGUAACCAAUAGCAACAGUGUCACUGUCAAUGACUCCACCUCUAAUCAGAGGGGACCCGCUCCCCUCCUCUCUCUCCACCACUCGUGGGACUCGUUUCAGGUGAACUCUGACCCUGCGGCGGUAUUCUUCUGUGACCCGGAAGUGAAAGCUGUGCUCGGAGUCAUGGGGGGAGGGGUGAAAGGUCAAAUCUUGUGGAAUUAGCAUCAGAGAUACUGUAUAUAAUGACGAGAUGGUCUUGUCUCAGCCCUAACAAUGGGAGUCAUUGUCGAGAAGACAGAAAGGCAGGCGAGAGGAGGCGAGAUGAGAUGGGAAUAUUCUAGCCAAUGAGAAGGCAGAUACGAUCAGGUGGGAAUAUUCUAGCCAAUGAGAGGACAGAUACAACUGUGAACAAUAGACACAACUCCAAUAUAAAAGUUUUUCAUAAAGUUGCCGAGAUGUCUCGUGCAUCCACUUUUAUAUCAGUACCUUCGUAACAACCUAAACAUUACGAAACUUCUAUUCGAUCAAAUAAGCCUUACUUAACAAAUUAACAACACUAUCUCAUAAACCUUGAUACAAAAAAAUCCCCAUUUUGGUCUGCUUAUCGCUAUAUUCUCUCUGUCAGAUUUUGACGGGAGUGGAGCCUCUCACUUAGCCUCUUCCCCUCUGGUAGUAUUCUAGAAUCAGAACAGACAGACAUAAUUCACCUCCUUUCUGUACUGCUCUUCCUCUCUGGUAGUAUUCUAGAAUCAGAACAGACAGACAUAAUUCACUUCCUUUCUGUACUGCUCUUCCUCUCUGGUAGUAUUCUAGAAUCAGAACAGACAGACAUAAUUCACCUCCUUUCUGUACUGCUCUUCCUCUCUGGUAGUAUUCUAGAAUCAGAACAGACAGACAUAAUUCACUUCCUUUCUGUACUGCUCUUCCUCUCUGGUAGUAUUCUAGAAUCAGAACAGACAGACAUAAUUCACUUCCUUUCUGUACUGCUUUUCCUCUCUGGUAGUAUUCUAGAAUCAGAACAGAUAGACAUAAUUCACUUCCUUUCUGUACUGCUCUUCCUCUCUGGUAGUAUUCUAGAAUCAGAACAGACAGACAUAAUUCACUUCCUUUCUGUACUGCUCUUCCUCUCUGGUAGUAUUCUAGAAUCAGAACAGACAGACAUAAUUCACUUCCUUUCUGUACUGCUUGGUUUUGAUACGGUCAAAGACGUAAGAAAGAGUUUUUGUACAUUUGUACAGUUUUUGUAUUUGUAUUUAAAUACUUUGAGUUGCUUUGCGUUUCAUAAAAAAUAAAUAAAAAUAAUAAUAAUA